CCGGGACGUGCCAGGGCUCCUCUCCCCGCAGAGGGUGGAAGUGGUUUCAGACUGGAGGUGGAGGCAGAGGCAGGAGAGGUGGCACUGCCGAAGCCAGCAGUGGGCCACCCAUCCUGACCCCGGGACCAUCACUCUGGCCGUCCCAGGAGCCCGCGGGCUGUGAGCCGUGCCCGGGGGGGAUGUGAGGCACCGCCGGGCUCAUCCGCAGGGAGGCUGAUCCGGGAGAUCGCUCGGAUCGGGAGCGCGACCCGAGCCAUGCUGAGCCUCAAACUGCCGCGGCUGCUCAGCAUCCACCAGGUGCCAAAGGGAUACCGGGAGCAGGGGAUCCUGUUCGGGUACCGCCCCCCCCGCAGCUCGGCCACCGACUGCCUGCUCAGCGUCUUCCAGAUGACCAACGAGACCCUCAACAUCUGGACACACUUCCUGCCUGCCUGGUACUUCGUGUGGACACUGCUGGGGCGGCUUCAGGGGGGCUGGGAGGACCCCCGGGCCUGGCCCCUCCUGGCCUACCUGGCAACCUGCUGCAUCUACCCGCUGGCCUCCAGCUGUGCCCACACCUUCAGCACCAUGUCCACCCGCGCCCGCCACCUCUGCUACUUCUGCGACUACGCCGCCCUCAGCACCUACAGCCUGGGGUCUGCUCUGGCUUACUCAGCCUACGUGUUCCCCCUGGAAUGGGUGGGCACCACCUUCCACCACUGCUACGUCCCCGUGGCCGUGUUCAACACCGUGGUCAGCACCAGCCUGUCCUGCUACUCCAGGUUCCUGGAGGUGGAGAGGCCCCGGCUCAGCAAGGCCUGGCGCACCCUGGCCUUCGUGUACCCCUACCUGUUCGACAGCAUCCCCCUCUUCUACAGGCUGUACCUGUGUGCCCUGGAGGGCUGCUCAGAGGGCUCCAUCCUGCUGCACUACAAACACACGGGCUGUGCCCUCCUCACCUGCUUCAUCUUCGCCACCCACCUGCCCGAGCGCCUGGCACCGGGCACCUUCGACUACAUCGGGCACAGCCACCAAGUUUUCCACGUGUGUGGGAUCCUGGGGACGCACUUCCAGCUGGAGGCCAUCCUGAGGGACAUGGCUGAGAGGCAGAGCCAGGUGCUGCUGCCCUCCUCCCUGCAGACCCUGCUCCUGGGGGUGUGCGUGGCCGGCAGCCUGCUCGUCAUCGGCGUCAGCGCCGCGUCCCUGCCCCUGCUCCCGGAGCCUCUGCACAGGGACAAACCCCACUAGGGCUGGGCACCCGUGGCAUUCCUGCUGCUCCAGAGACACCCAGCACGCUGCUGGUGUGGAGGAGGAGCCUGUCUGCUCCCAGUGUUUAGUGAUGAUCUUCUCAAGGGCUCGAGGAGCCGCACUGGUU